GCAGCGAAGCAUUCAUUCAAUCGAUUGCCGUGUCGGUCAUCAGUGUGUUUGUCAGUCAGUCAGUCAGUCCAUCAGUGCGUCGGCUCCCUCGUCUGUUGGUCAAUCAUCCCGAGUCUGUCUGUCUGUCUCAUCGAGUCCACUCACUCCACCUCAUUCACCAGCCGCUCGGUCAAUUCAGUGGCCUGCUGCCACCACACACACACACACACACACACACACGGUGGAUGAAUGAGUUGUAAUGUCCAUUUGGCUCUUUGUUUGUUUGGCUGACCUCCGUGUAGCAUUUCGUCCUUCUUGGCCACACGCUGCACGAACUCCGUCAGGACGUCAACCUUGACUGAACCGACACACACACUGCCUGAUGUGUCUUUGGAUGAGUGGUUGCGAUGCACUGCAUGCCUUGUUCCUCUGAUGUGACGGCGGCCAUGAGGUCUGUCAGCUCACUCGCCGUCACGGGCGGACGCAACUCACUCAAACCCUUCACCAAUCCAACACACACACACACACACAUCCAUCCAUCCAUCCAUCCAUGUGUGUGUGUCACAGACCUUGGCGAGUUCGUCGAUGGAGAUUUCGCCCGAGCGGUCGGCGUCGAUCGAGUCGAAGAAGACGCGCAGCGCACCUUUCUCGCGCUCGGCUCUGGUCGACGGAUCUUUACAUUUGAAACACACAGAGAGAGAGACAGACAGACAGGCAGGCAUCCACACGUGUGUGACGUCAGUGUGUGUGUCUUUGGUGUUGUGCCUUCAUAGUCGAAGAAGGCCAUGACGAAGACGGUCUGAAACUCCUGGUUAGUGACCGGACAACGGAUGCACUCACGCAAGAGGUGGAUGUGUGUCUGUUUGGCUCACUCUCAGCUCCAGUUUGCCCGAUCGGUCGUCGUCGACCGUCUCGAACAGCACACGAGCAUAGUACCUGCACACACACACACACAGAGUUGGAGCUGGUUGUGUGUGUCUUGGUUGGUCACUGACUUGGCGUCUGGCGAUGUCUUUGCGAGGCCGAACGACCGCACCGUCUCGUAGAAGCCCUCCAGGUCCAUGCCGCCACUCUCUGCAGCACACACACACACACACACAAAGGGGCCAUCCACUGAUCCGUCCACCUAUUUCUGUGUGUCGGGUGGCUGACCGUCUCGAGUGUCGCUGAGUGCGGCGAAGGCACUCACCACGGCGUCCUGCACGUCACGCGGCAGACGCUCGAAGUAGCUCACAGCACUGCACACACAUUAUCAACACACACAAGCACACAUAUUCCCUCUCCCUCUCUCGCUCUGGUGCACUGCAACUGACCGGGCCCGUUUGUUUCGGUCCUCUUUGGCGGCCGUGUUGGCUUUGUUUCGGAUGAAGGCGAGUAUCUGUGUCUGCCGGGCGAGCCGCUGCGCGUCGAUGUCAGCCAUGAGCGUGUCGAUGGUGUCUGUGUCGGUGAGGAAGUCCAGCGAGGUGAUCAUCGUGAAGAGCCCCACUGCACUCGCCAGCACCAUUGCACUCAGCCCCACCGGCAGAAAUGUCAGCGGGUAGGCCCACAGCCCGUUGAACCACCACAGGCCACGGCUGCCGUGGGACGUGCUGAUGACGGCCUUGAGCAGCAGAGCCGUGUAGGCUGACAGCAGGAAGAGCGUCAGCUGGACCAAGAAGGUCGUCGCCUUGACGGACGCCAGAGGCAAGACGGCCGCCGUCCGGUUGACCUUGCCGCACAGCCAGUGGGAAAUGACCGGACGCUCCUCGUCGAGCCGAGACACAAACACUGCAUCCAACACACCACACAGAGAGAGAGAUAUGGCUGUGUGAGCAUCAUCCCUCUGUCUCUCUGUGUGUGUGUGUGUGUCCUUGCCGGUCUGGUCGGGCUCGGCGACGUCCGAAGUGAUCCAGUUCUUGAGACGCGUCUUGUCGGGGCGGUGGUAAUACUAACCCAGACAGACAGACAGACAGAUGGAGGAGACAACAGAGAGAGGGGUCAUGUGUUGUCCUGUUUGUGUUGUGUUGUGUUGUCUUGUCUUGUGUUGAGUGUGCGCAUUAUUACGUCGAAGGUGCGGUAGAAUGAGAGGUGGAGGGCCGAGGCGGCCGCCAGCAGCGCAAAGGCCAACACCACCAUCAGUGUCACCGACGGAACACCAGACAACUCCUGCACACACACAUCCGUCCAUCCGUCCAUGUGACGUCAAGUCAUGCUGUGUGUGUCGACUUGUGUUGCUGACGAGGAGGGGUCGGGCGGUGAUGGCGAUAGCGAUGACUGUGAUGAGCAUCGAUGUCGGCAGCUCGAUGAACUCGACGACGGUGUGGCCCACACGAGCUGCACACACACACACACACACACAUCCAUCCAUCCAGCCAGCCCUCCCCCGUCAGUGUCUGUGUGUGUCUCUGUUGUGCCUCGGAGGUAUUGUGAGAAUGUGAUUUCCUUCUCGUCCGGCGUCUUGACGAAGAUGUUGGUGUGUCUGCCGUGGAACCGUUCGCGGAGGCCGAAGAAGGAGAGGGCGUUGUCGAGCUCGGCCUCCUGUGUGCCGAAGGUGACUGUCUUGCGGAUAGUGAGAGGAAAUUCUCGGAGCCGCUGGGCAGUGCCUGGAUCUGCUGGGAGAGGUCGUUGCGGGUGAGGCCAGAGAGGAAGUCCCAGCGGCGGCACGUCAGGUGGCCGACGACCAACAGGAUGGCCGUGUUGAGAAUGAAGAGCGCCAUCACGAUGAAAAUCAGAAUGUGCACAUCCUCAAACAGCUCCGUCAAGGGCGUGGGCGGCGGGGCCCCUGAAGAGGACAGACAACACACAGCAGGUGUGUAUAGCCAUGCGGUGGGUGGACUGACCCACCACACUGACCUGGGUGCACUUGGAGGGCGACCUUCUCCGUCUCGCUCAUUCCCAGGUAACGGUCGUUGAACGCACGAACCACACCGGUCCGAACUGACACAGACGCACACACACGCGAUGAAUGAGCGUGUCGCUGGGCACCCUCUGUGUGUGCCGGUGGCCUACCGGCGAUGAAGAGUGCGGGAAGGGGUCAUGUAGCCCGAGAUGUUGACGAACUCUGAAAAGUCAUAGAUGCACUCGACAGCAGCGAACUCCAGGCCGACAGGGCGAUACAGAGGCCAUCUUGCUGCCAGGAGAGGCACCGGGACGAGAAGGACAGCACCGCACAGAAGGCCACUGACUCAUCCUCGGUGCUUAUAUUCCAACUUGCAGCGUCAUGCCCAGGUCUGAUCCUCUCUCAGCCCAACUCAGCCCACUUAGAUGGGCUGGCGGCGGGAUCUUGAUCUGUCGAGGCCGCCAAAUCCAACACAUCAGUGACAGUUACUCGAAGGCAUAGCUGCUGCUGAUAAUGCUCGGAGAAUGGCAUCGAUGUCGUCGACGGCCGGGGAGGCUGAACGGGGCUGCCAAGAGGGGCGAGAGGAUGACAUGCUGAGAUCUCAUCGGCCAAGAUGAACGAUAACCUCUCAGCCGAUAAUGGCGCUUCUCACAGGCACCUCCCGUCGCCAAACACGUGAAAAAAGC